GUUACACGAAACUGCAUUUCCACUAAAACUCCAUGAACUCAAGGAAAGUGUUCAUCAUGAUAACGCUCGCAUAUAAUGCCGAUAAAUUAAACUUCAUUUCUAGAGUGCAUACAGUCAGAACCGCUGUAAACGUAUUGCUAGAAGUUGUUUUGAGAGAGCUGCGCGUGUUUCAUCAGAAGCCCGUCUGUGAUUCUCAGCUCGGCUGUUUCUGAUGAAGCAGGAAGAGUUCGAGAGUUCGGCAGAGGCGGGGACUGAGGAGGAGAGAGCGAGAGACGGGACAAAACUCAGAUCCUCACCGAGUCUGAUCGCUGUUUCUGCUCUGUGAGACCCGAGGACAAUCUGUCAUCAUGGUGAUUAAAGUUUACAUCGCGAGCUCCUCCGGAUCGACAUCGAUCAAGAAACAGCAGCAGGAUGUCAUGAGCUUCUUAGCGGCCAAUAAGAUUGAUUUUGAGGAAUGUGACAUCGCAGCUGAUGAAGACAACAGGAAGUGGAUGCGAGAACAUGUCCCUGAGGAUUUCCGACCAGCGACAGGGAACCCUCUACCUCCUCAGAUCUUCAACGAGGACAGAUACUGUGGGAACUACGAGGCGUUCUUCUAUGCCCGAGAGGACAAUGCUGUGUACGCGUUUCUGGGCUUGACGGCGCCUCCAGGCUCAAAGGAAGCAGAAGCGCUGUCUAAGAAAACACAGAUGUAAUGAAGAGAAGCCGCACGAGCGGAGCUGAUGAACUCCUGCACUUUCUGAUGAUUGAGUUUUUCUUGUUGGUUCUUUCUUUCUUUGCACCCAUUAAAUGAUGUGAUGAGAUGAA